UCCCUGAACCGUGAGAACGGGUUUACUUUCCGCACACCUGAGAGUGAAUUUCCAUGGCCGAUCUCCGCUGCUAAAAACAACGCAAUUGUUUGAUUAUUUUUUGCCAGCACACUUUCGAUUAUUUUUUCCAUUUGCCAGCAUUCGUUAUCGUCUUGUAAUUAUUAUCAGACAUUAUAGUUCAGUGUAAAUAGUACAAGGUGUAAAAAAUGCCAUAUUAUAACGACGUUUCGUACUACUAUGGAGGAGGAGCUUAUGCAAAUCAUAGCUCAUUAAUGACAGGCACGGGACGAACACCCUUUCACACUCCACUGUCGCGUUUCUCGCCGCAUCUAUCAACUAUUUCGGAAUCUCCGCUCAAUCACUUGCAUCGUUUCAACGUAAGACCUCCGCCGAUAUCCAUAAGCCAUACGAGACGAGUAAUAAACACGGCAGAUAUCGAUGUUUCGUCGCCGAGAAUUCUCUCACACAAUGGUAGUCGUCCUAAGAAUCGCUUGCAUCGCAAUCGUCCGACCAUCAAGAUCAGAUCGCAGGCAUUGAAAGAUAAUCCCGUAUUACGAGAACAUAAUGAAAAACACGAGAAGUCAGUGGGUGAGCUUUUGAUGGAGAAGUUCUUCAUUAAAGAUAAGAAAUUAGAUAGCGACGUAAAUCAACAGACACGUCUAUAUCAUCAAGUCAGCUUGAGUCGCUUAGAGAAUCUUCAAGAACAAGAGGCUGUACAGAAGCGAAUCACUCGCAGAUUUACGCGACGCAGAUCCUCUGCCGAUCUGCAACUUAAUCCUGAACAAUUGCAACAGAAAGCCACGUAUGCACAAGUUCAAGCGAAGGUCUUAGACAGUCUCGUGGCUGAGGAACAAGCACAGAUCGAGAAUGAAAUACGACAAGGUACUUUGAUGGGGAAAGAAACAACAACAAAAAGUUCAAUUAUUACCCACUCUUACUGUACCAAUUCCGAUACGAUGACUGAAGAAGAUGAUAAAACAGCUAAAACAAGAAUAAAGAAAACCACAAAUAAGACAAGAAAAAAGAAGAAGCCAAGUAUCGAUAAAACUAUCGAUAAAUUGUGGCUAACUGAUAAGAUUGAUAACAGGCGAUUGAGUAUCGGCAAUGAAAUAUCCACUGAUUCGGAGAUUGAAGAGAAGAACAACGAAUCGAAACCUCAGAUGUAUAAAAUUGAAGCUUGUAACAGUGCUGGAGAUUUCUCUACGAUUUGGAUGAAUACAAGCUCCGAAAAUGAGAAAUGUGAAUCAAUGGUCGAGCAAUUUAGAGAAAGUAUGAAGAUUCCCAAGGUAUUUGAAAAUGAAAGUGAAUUGAAUGCUUUUCCAAAUAAUAUGGACGAAACGGAAAUGAAGAUAAUGUUACCUGCACGAAAACCUUACAUAAAGGACACAUCAAGGAACAGCGUAUAUUUGACAAUGAAAAAACCUAUAGAAAAACUCAAUGUCAAUCUCGAAAAAAACGAGAAAUUUAACAAAGAUGAAAAUCAAUUAAGCCUGACAAAUAGUUUCGUUGAUGCAAAAAAUAAUAUUAUUAAAAAUAAUGUAUUAAAUAGUUUAACGAGCAAAAAUUCACUAGAAUUGAAUAUAGAAACGACAAAUGAUGUGACGGUAAAUGAAAUUUCAAAUAAGUCUAAGAAAAUGGAAUCUUCGGUAAAAAAGAACAUUUAUUCCACAUUGGAUGAGAAGUUGGACAUACGAAACAAGAUUAUCUCAAAAACAAAUAGCGAUGUACGAGAAAAUGAUAUAAACAAUGCAUCACUUUCGAAGAGUGCUGAGAAGAUUACGAAUUCUGUACAAUCAAGCGCUUCAGCAUUUAUUUCGACAAAUGCACAGAAAAACGAUGCACAAGUAAAACAAUUAGAAGUAUCCAAAAAUAUUUUCACGGAUGUAAAGAAAAAUGAAAGUAAAAACAACGAUAAUGUAAUCAAUGCUAUGAAAGAUUUUGAUUACGUAAAAACUAUUUCGGCUACUGAGUUGCCAGGAUUUCUAACUACUAAAGAUUCUUUCAUUUCAAAAACAGAUAAACUCAUGGAAGAAGAAAGUAAAUCAAAAAUCUUGGCGAUGUUAUGCGAAGAUGCUACAAGACGAAGCGUUGUCUUGAGUGAAGCUGACAAUAAUGCUGGUAAAAACAGCGCCAAUAGUGCGUUGUGUCGUCUGCCAAAACUGUCUAAAAUUAAUACAGAUAGAAAUAAUGUCGUGAAAACGUCAGAGCUUUCAUUACGAGAGACGGCACAGUAUCUGGCAAAUCCACCGGAUAGUGCUGAGGAGGUUGUCACGUUGCCGGAAAAGAAGGUGAACAAAGCAUCAAAACUGGCAAAGACUUCCUUCUUCAAUGCUUCAAAGAAAACCAAUAGCGUAGACGCAAGUAAAUCGACUUUUAAAAUCAGCGUGACUCAAGCCGAUGACAUGGCCAAUUUGGUGACCACAGAAACGACCUUGCCCAAGGAAAUGAACAGUGAAGUGCGUAGUACUGACCGCAAUGAGGAAAUGAAAUCAAUAACAGAUGUUAAACCGGCAAAAGUUGAUUUGACGAAAUCACUGACAAACAAACUGGAGAAGACUAAUGGAAACAUAUUACGCAAGUUAUCUAUAAAAACGACUAAUUCAUCAAAAGUCGAGAUGGAUAAAAUCAUCACCAAAAUAUCAACAUCUGAAGAAUCGAAUCUAUUGGAAACUGACAAUAAAAAAGUAAAUAAUGACAUAGCCGAUAUAGGAAAAGAUUCAUUGGAAGAUUUAUCUAAUUUGAAAAACAAUGUGCCGAGAGUUGAUGUUGCAAAAUCUAAAUUCAAAAUAAAAACUUUUCCGAGCACGGCUGUGAACAAAAUCGAUAAAAUAGAUUCAUCAAAAAUUAAGGAAGAUAGAUCUAAAAUAACAAAAAUUAUUGAUGAUAAAUUCAUAUCAUUUUCUCAAAAAGAUCUCGAUGUGCCGGAAAUCGUAAAAAAAAGCAUCUUUGUUGAUUCUAAAAAAUUAAUGAAUGAUUGCUUAUCGAAUUCGACAUCCAAUAAUAUUCCCAAUGUACAACAAUCUGCAUCCGUUAAUGAAAGAGUUGCGGAUAAAAGUAUAUUUAUCAAAAAAAAGUUAGAGCCAGUAAAACUUUUGAAUAAAAUAACGGAAAAGAAGUCAGUGAUAGUUGAUGUGAGUUACGAUAAGGAGAAAAAUGGGCAAUUAUCCAAGAGUGCUUCUACUGAAUCUAUCGAUUUUUGGAGUGAAAUCAAAGCGAUGAAUAGUCCUGAAAAAAUAAAAUCAAAACCAGAAAGCAAAUUUUCUGGCGAGGCUACAAUCACCAAAGUUGAAAACAUAGAUACAACGAAUCCGGGACAAAUAUUUAAUGAUUCAUUAGCAAGAAAGAAGUCGUUGAUAGAAUCAGUAAAUUUCGAUGAUAAAAAAGAUAAGACUAACAUCAAACAAGGGAUAGCAGAAUUCGGCAGUUCAACAUUCGAAUCUAAUAACGUUGUUAUCCAAGAAAAGAAAGAAAAAGAGAAAGUCAUUCUGGAAUUUCCAAAAGUGAAAAAUGAAGAAACAAAACUCGUUAAAACAACAGAGAUUAAGAAAAAUGCGCUAAAGAUACCAUCAAAAAAGAAGAAAAAUAAAAAUCCUUCAAUAGCAAUCAAUAACAAGAACUCGAAUUCGACCGUGAAGAAAGCUCCCUUAAAACAUGACAAUUCCGCGAUCUUAAUACAAGCCGACUCUAUUACAUCCGAUAUGACGACUGUCACAGCUUCAGAAAUAUCUACUUUAAUACCUGAAGUCACAGUACCUGUAAUAAAUAUAGUCGAAGCAUCUAAAUUAUCCGAAGAAUCUAACAGUAGAAUCGAUGAGGUUUGGGUCGAAAAUUCCAAUACUCCAACAAAUGAACUACCAUCCGAUUGUUUUUCAACUGCAAAAAUCUCAAAAUGGAGCAAUCGAAACGAUCUAACGAACGAUGACAAUGUGGAGACUCCCGCGUCGGAAGAAACUAGUUUGAUCGCUAGUCCUAACAUCAAUCCGCAAUCUUCCAAAAUAAAGCAUUCGAUCAAGAAAAAAAAGCCAUCUGCUAAAACACCGUCAACAAAAAGCGAGAGAGAAAUGAAGAUUCGUAACAAUGAAUCGAUGAUAACAAAUCAACAGAAGAACACGCUUACUCCUGAAAAGCAAUUUCCAGCGAAACCUUUACCAAGAACGUCGCCCAAGUCCAGUCCGAGAAACACACCUUCACAACGCCCACUCGAUCUCAUCAGGAUGUUUUAUACUACACCAUCAGCAUUACUCACAGCUACGCCGAGAGAUCUCUCCAAGAUCAGAAGAGCGAAGAUCAAGAAGAGGCGACAUCAUUCAAAAAUAUCAUCCGUCGAUAGUGAUAGUACCGGUAGUACAACGAGCACUGCUACAACAGGGAGUACAGACGGAAGCGAAUCGACUUGCAUCGGACUAGACGAUGAUUCCGAGCACAAGAAUUCGACAAGAAGCAAUGAUUCCGGAUUCGACGGUUCACCAAGAAUCUUGAAUUGUGACAUGGCCUGCCAUAAGAAGUGCGAAAAGUUAACUGGAAAUCUAUGUGGAUUAAACCAAAAGCUAGUCGCAGAAGCGUUGCAAGCUUUGAAAAGAGCGCCCUCGCAGUCAUCGGACAAUCAGCGAAAUUCAGACUCCUCAGAUCGUUUUUCAAGCGGUCGGAUAACGCCUCCAGCGACAAAUUUACCAAGGUUUAAAAAAUAUGCUGUCACAGAUUUUAAUUUUCUUAAAGUCUUGGGUAAAGGUAGUUUUGGUAAAGUCUUGCUAGCUGAAUUGUGCGGAACAGAAUGCUUAUAUGCGGUGAAAUGUCUGAAGAAAGACGUCGUUCUCGAGGAUGACGACGUCGAGUGUACGUUAAUCGAGAGAAAAGUUCUCACGCUGGCGACAAGACAUCCAUAUCUCUGUCAUCUAUUCUGCACCUUCCAGACCGAUUCGCAUCUCUUCUUCGUUAUGGAAUAUCUUAACGGGGGUGAUUUGAUGUUUCACAUACAAAAGUCUGGUCGAUUUCCUGAGAGCCGCGCACGUUUUUAUGCUGCCGAAAUAUGGUCUGGACUGAAUUUUUUGCACAAGAAAGGCAUUGUUUACCGGGACCUCAAAUUAGACAACGUAUUGCUUGACUUCGAAGGCCAUAUUCGAAUUGCGGACUUCGGCAUGUGUAAACUCCAAAUCUUUUUAGAUAGAACGGCCGAUACGUUUUGCGGUACGCCAGAUUACAUGGCACCAGAGAUUAUAAAAGGACUUAAAUAUAAUCAUGCCGUGGAUUGGUGGUCUUAUGGUGUCUUGUUGUAUGAAAUGUUAACCGGCCAGUCACCCUUUUCUGGAUGUGACGAGGAUGAACUAUUUUGGAGCAUUUGCAACGAACGACCAUUUAUACCUCGGUAUCUGAGUCAAGAAGCUACCGAUAUACUUGUCUGUUUAUUGGAGAAAGAUGCUGGGAAGAGGCCGCCUGGUCACGAAAUUGCUAUGCAUGCUUUUUUUCAGCAUUUGCCUUGGGAUCGAUUAGAGAGAAGACAAUUAGAACCGCCAUUUAAGCCCGCUCUCGAUCACACUUUGGACACAAAAUAUUUUGACACAGCGUUCACAACUGAACGUCCAAGGCUCACGCCGGUGCCAGAACAAAUUUUGACCUCAAUGGAUCAAGAUGUUUUCCGCGGAUUUUCUUAUACGAAUCCGAACGCGACAGACUGAUACGUAUUAAGCUGAAAUCCGUAUGCUGUUAUAAAUUUAAUAAUAAAUGUCUGUUUUUCUCUCAUAAAUUUUCUUAUUGCGUAAAAACGAGAAAAAGAACAUAUUAUCUUCUAUUGGGUUUGCAAAAAAUUAAAAACUAUUAUAUAAUAAAAAUAUAGCAUAUAUAAAUCACACAUAUGUUAAAGACCUAUAUUUGGACAAACAAACCAGGAAGGAAUAAUAUAUAACGAAAUAUAAUUUGACAUUUUGAAAAUAAAUAUACAAAAUAAUAAUUAGAAAAUUAUUUGGCUGUUAUUUGGAAACAAAUGAAAAGAACUUAUGAAAUAAAACUAAUUUAAGUAUAAGAAGUCUAUAAAUUUUUUAUUAGUAUAUAAUAUCAAAAUUAUACAAAACAAUUUGAUAAUCAAAUUUGUAAAAAUUAUAUUAAAAUACAUUUUUUUUAAUAUAAAAACGAUGGAGGGCAAAAUUUGGAUCAAAUUGUUUUUAUCAAAUUAUUUUUAUAAUUAGCAAUGUAAUUGAUAGCAAUCAUAUAUAACAGAUAGAUAGCAAACAGACAGUAAUCAUAAUUUCAGCAACUUUUUUGUCAUUCACUAUUUCGAUGUUAUUUGGAAAUAGACAAAAUUAAAAAAAUUUAAUAUUGAAUAUAAGAAACCUGUCAAUUUUAUAAGCAUAUAGUACAUAAAUUAUAAUAUAAUAAACCUAUUCAGGAUAAUUUUUUGUCCAUUACUGUUUUUAUACUUUCUUCUUAAAUCUAAAACUUGAUUAUCAAAUUAUUGUGUAUAUAUAGAGUGUUCCAGAUUAAUGGGGACAAAACUUGUGUGCAGAUAAAGCGGACCAAACUGAAUCGAAAAGUCCUUUAUCAUUUUUUUGUACAAUGCUUAAUAAAAGAAUUAUUAUUAAGUAAGGUCUGAUCCAAUCAUCGUCGAUUUUUAGCCGGGCGCACGUCGGCGAACCACGCGCCUGGUAAUGUACGUGAGCGCUCAGCUGUUACAGCACGGCUCACAUGUGCCCGGCUACUGAUCGGCGAUGAUUGACCAGAUUUUAUUCAAUAAUAAUUCUUUUAUUAAGCGUUGUACAAAAAAAUGAUAAAGGACUUUUCGACUCAGUUUGUCCGCUUUAUCUGCACACAAGUUUUAUCUCCAUUAAUCUGAAACACCCUGUAUAUAUACAGGGUGUCUGAUAAUAAUCGCCCCACCCAUAAUGUGCAGAUAGAGCUGAUUAAAUCGAGCAGAAAAGUCCUUUAUCAUUUUUUUGUAUAACGCUUAAUAAAAACAAUUAUUAUUGAGUAAAAUUUGGCCAAUCAUUACCGAUCUUUAGCUGGGCGCACGUCGGUGAACCGCGCUGUGACAGCUGAACGAUCACGCACACUACUAGACGCGCAGCUCAUUGACAUGCGCCCGGCUAAAGAUCAGCGAUAAUUGGCCAGACUCAAUAAUAAUUCUUUUAUUAAGCGUUAUACAAAAAAAUGGUAAAGAACUUUCCUGCUUGAUUUGAUCCGCUCUAUCUGCAAAUUACGGGUGGGACGAUUAUUAUCAGACACCCUGUAUAUAUAUAUAUAUAUUAUAUAUACAAGGUCAAAAGUCUGGAUACAUUCAAAUAUUUUGUAAACAUUACAUUUUAGAGAAAAAUAUUUCAAAGUUGUAAGGCUUAAAAAGACGCAUUUAAUGACAGUAUUAAUUUGACCAUAGGUGGCAUUGCCAAAGUCAGGUCAAGGUCAACUUAAAAUUUUUAAAUGGAAACCCCCAUAGCUUAUCUCGACAGUUUUUCAAAACACUAUAAUAAAGUAUUUUUUUAUUAAGAAUUUUUUUAAUUAUUUUGUAUCUUAAUCUGAUAUAUUUUAGUAUAAAAUAUAAAAUAUUUUGAAAAUUAUUUAGUGUUCGAUAAUUGUAUCGUAAUACUAUUAUGUACAGAAUAAUAAGAUGAAUCAAACGGUGUACAGAAAAUAAUUGUUUUUAAAAAAAAGUAUGCAAUUAUUUGCAAUAUAUUUUUUUUAUAACAAUUAUUUAUUUUUUCUUUACAUCAUUUGAUUUAUCUUAUUCUGUAAAAGUAUUACGAUACAAUUAUAUAACACUAAAUAAUUUUCGAGAUAUUUUAUAUUUUAUACUAAACUGUAUUUUAUACUAUACUAACUUUUAUACUAUACUAAAAUAUGUCAGAUUAAGAUACAAAAUAACUAAAACAAUUCUUAAUGAAAAAAUACUUUAUUAUAAUGUUUUGAAAAGCUUUCGAGAUAAGCUAUAAUAAUAUGCAAUAAAACUGGGGAUUUCUAUUUAAAAAUUUUAAAUUGAUCUUGAUCUGACUUUGGCAAUGCCACCUAUGGUCAAAUUAAUACUGUCAUUAAAUGCUUCUUUUUAAGUCUUACAACUUUUGUCUGAAAUAUUUUUCUUUAAAAUGUAACGUUUACGAGAUAUUUGAGUGUAUCCAGACUUUUGACACACUCUGUAUGUAUAUAUAUAUAUAUAUAUAUAUAUAUAUAUAUAUAUAUACUAUAUAUAUAUAUAUAUAAUUUUAGUACUGUAUGCUAAUAAAAUUAAUUAACAGAUUUUUUGUAGUGAAACUAAUUUAUUUUUUACUUUGGCUUCAAAUAAUAGCUAAAUAGUUCAUAACUUUCUAAUAGUUCAUAACUUCCUAAUUAUUAUCCUAUACAUUUACCGAUAUACAAAAGUAUUAUAUAUCGGUAAUAAGCAAAAUAAUUACUCAUGAAUAGUUUUAUAUAUUUUUUAUUGGUACAUAUAUAUGUAUAUAAUUAUAUUUAUAGAGUAAUUCGAGGAAAGAUGCUAUACUUAAUUUUGAAAGGCAAUAUUUUUGUAAUUAUUAAUGAUGAGCAAAACAAAAUAAAACAAAUCGAAAGUAUCGUCAUUAUAUUUGUAGUUGAUUAUAAUUAAAUAAAUCUGUGUCUUUUAUUAUUUUAAUAGUAAUAACAAAAAUUCUUACAAAUGUGGGUAAGAUAUCAAACAAUCAUAUAACUUAAUAUGAUUAUGAAUAUAUAUUGAUUACAUAAGGUAUAUUUUUUAAUUUACAUAUUUUGAUUAAUUCAGAAAAAUAUAGCGUCGAAAACCAACUACGACUACACAAUAAUUACAGUGUUUAGUCAUUAAACGUAUAUUAAACGCGAUCAGCUGAUUAUAAGUAGAUCAGUGAUACCAUUUAUCAAAAAAUUUAAAAAUUACAGAAAAUUGACAUUUUACUCGACAUGGCAUCUUCCUCCGAGUUAUCCUAUAUUAUAUAUUAUUAGUUAUAAAGUUAACAAAAAACAUAUACUUUUUACUCUACAAAAAUAUUUUUUGUACACUGGAGAACAUGAUGUUUUAACAUAUAAAUUAAGCAAAUGUCAGAAAUAAAUACGUGUAUAUGAAAAAUGCAUAUCAGUUCCGAAAUAUGCAUAAUCAUGUACUAAGAAAAAGCAUCUCUUGUGUGUUGUUGUAUAAUUAAUUAUAUGUAUAUUAAUGAAUAUAUAAAAUAUAUUCAAUUUCCUAACUAUUUUUUUUGUUUUUUUUUUUGUCAAAAUAUGUAAAUAUAAAGAAAAAUUGAUUAAUAUUGCAGAAGGCUAGCUUAACGAUAAUAAGACUAUAAGCAUAUAAAAAUAUUAAAAUUUUUAUAUUAUAGAGGUUAAUAGAGAUAAUUGUAAUAUUUACAUACAAUUAAAUAUUUAUUUAGUUCAGUGAACUGUUUUCGUAGUUGCAAUCAGAUUGUUCCUAACUAAUAAUUUAAUUAAAUAUAUAUACUCGUAGUUAAUCUAUUAAAGAUUAAGAGAUUCUCUUUCUCUCUCUCUGCCCAUUAUUUAAAAUAUCUGUUAUAUAAAUCAAUAAAAAAAAAACAUUAAAAUUAAAUUUAAAAUAAUGAAACAUGUACACUUGUUCAUUAGUAUAUAACUUAAAUAUAAGUUUAAGCAAUCAAAUUCAAUGGAGAUAUGUAUAAGAUCAAUUACUUAACUUUCAAAAGUAAAAUCUAUGUAUAUCCAAAAUAAAAAUGGCGCGUAAAUAUAUGCAAGACAUUUCAUCAAAUGUACAAAUACAUUUAUUUACAUAUAAUUUUGAAUUCAUCAAAUGUACAAAUACAUUUAUUUACAUAUAAUUUUGAAUUUAUCAUAUAUAAAUGUAUAAUGCAUUUGUGGAAUUAUAAAUUAUUAUAUCGUUUUAUAUUAUUUUAAUUUUAUUAAUGAGGCAAAUAUUUAGUGAGAUAAGCAGAAAAUAUUGAUCAUUCUUAUCCUGGUAUAAGUUUUGGUGCGAUGCGUAAUUGUUUUCCGCUUGCAUAUAUUCAUUAUAUAAAUCUCGACCUCAUAUUACUAUAUUAUUAUUACCCAUAUUAUUAUACCAUUAUUAAUAUUUGAAAUGCCUCAUUAUUUUAAAUAGUGAUGGAAUCUCUAGUUUUUUCUUCAAAUGAAAACUAACACUAUAUUUA